AUGAAAGCAAUUGUCUAUCACGGGAAAGAAUCCUUGAAAUAUGAAACUGAUUAUCCAGAGCCAGAAAUCACCAAUGAAAAUGAUGUAAAGAUCAAAGUCCAUUAUUGUGGAAUUUGUGGAAGUGACUUGAAAGAAUACUUAUCAGGUCCUUUUUUCUUCAAUGAACCAGGGUCCACCAACCCUAUUUCUAACUUAAAAUUUCCAAUGGUUAUGGGACACGAAAUUAGUGGGGAGGUGGUUAAAGUUGGUACUAAUGUCACCGAAUUUACUAAAGGUGACAAAGUUAUUGUUGAAGUUACUGGUAGUUGUAAAGAUAAAUACAAAUACUUUGAAGAUUCUCCAACUAAAGAUAAGGAAAGCUGUCAUCCAUGUCAAGAAGGAUUUUACAAUUGUUGUGAAUACUUAGCUCUUACGGGUUUAGGGUUUAGUGAUGGUGGAUGUGCCGAAUUCUUGGUAACCACUAAAGAAAAGUUAAUUAAAUUCGAUGAAGAUAAGAUCCCUAUGGAUAUUGCUGCUUUAAUCCAGCCAUUGUCAGUUUCAUGGCAUGCGGUUGAGGUUGGGAAAUUUGAACCAGGUCAAUCAGCAUUGAUUCUUGGUGGAGGUCCUAUUGGGUUGACUACUAUUUUUGCUUUAAAAGGUCAUAAAGCUAAGAACAUCGUUGUUAGUGAACCUUCUUUAGCCAGAAGACAAUUGGCAGAAAAAUUGGGUGUUAAGGUUUAUGAUCCAACAGGAAAAUCUACCGAACAAUGUAUUGAAGAUUUAAAGAAAAUGACAGAUGAUGGUUAUGGUUAUCAUCAUUCAUUUGAUUGUUCUGGAGUUUCAGCUACUUUCCAAACUAGUAUCAAAACCUUAAGAAUUAGAGGUACUGCCACCAAUGUCGCUGUUUGGGCUAAAAAGUAUAUUGAAUAUUCUCCUAUGGAAACCACCAUGUCAGAAAAGAUUGUCACGGGAUCGAUUUGUUUUGUUAAAUCAGAUUUCGAACAAGUGGUUGACUCUAUCCAGAAAGGUGAUAUUUCAACAGAUGAAUUGAGACUCAUGAUUAGUAGUAAGAUCAAGUUAAGUGAUGGUAUCGAUAAAGGAUUUUUAGAGUUGAUUCAUCAUAAAGAAAGACAUAUAAAAAUUCUUUUCACCCCUAUGGAUGAUUUAGCUACAAACUAG